AUGCAUACGUAUCCACGUUUCUAUUUUGUCGGUGAUGAAGAUUUACUCGAGAUCAUUAGUAACUCAAAAGACGUUGUUCGUAUUCAAAAGCAUUUCAAGAAAAUGUUUGCUGGUGUGUCAAACAUUAUCUUAACCGAAGAUAAUACCAUGAUUUCUGGCAUGGCAUCUCGCGAAGGAGAAGAAGUAUAUUUUAAGAAUCCUAUAUCUAUCAAAGAGAAUCCAAAGAUCAACGACUGGUUGACGAUGAUAGAGAAAGAAAUGAAGGUCUCGCUGGCGCUUUUGCUAGCGGAUGCCGUCCCCGAGAUGAAUACAUUUUAUCUUGCAGAUGAAUUGGAUACUGCUCUUACGACCAUGUCUGAAGGUGAUCAGAAUGACCAGACUCCGAUAAAUGACGCUAUAGGAUACGUUCUCCGCGGACUUGAGGUUUUGGCUGACACUGUGUUACAAGAUUUGCCUCCUACUAAGCGAAAGAAAUGCGAACAUCUUAUCACUGAACUUGUUCAUCAGCUUCUAUUAUGGAUACGAAUACCAAAUCGUCUUGUGCAGACUCCUCUGACUGAUAGAUGUCACCUCACGCUCACACAAGCUUUAGAGGGUCGCCUGGGUGGAUCACCAUUCGGACCCGCUGAUACUGGCAAGAUAGAAUCCGUUAAAGCAUUGGUCGGAGCAUGGGGUUGUUUCGAUGAAUUUAAUCGACUUGAAGAAAGAAUUUUGUCGGCUGUAUCACAGCAAGUGCAGAUUAUUCAGCUUGGUCUCAAAGUUGCUAAAGAUAAUCCAAAUACAGAAAUCGAGAUUGUAGGAAAGAGUCUGAAAGUCAAUACUAAUACUGGUAUCUUUAUUACCAUGAAUCCUGGAUAUGCUGGCCGUUCUAACCUACCCGAUAAUUUAAAGAAGUUAUUCAGAAGCAUUGCCAUGACGAAACCAGAUCGUGAACUCAACGCCGGUAAUCUGAAAUGUGAGCGACUGCAUAAUCUUCGAAAAAUGAUUCAAGAAGGAACGAAGACAGAAGACGAGCAUCAGAAACUUUCCGAACCCGUUACCGAACAAGAAAUUUUGAUUCAAAGUAUUCGUGAAACGAUUGUACCUAAACUGUCUGGUUGCGGGCGUCUUCCCUGGAGUCGAAUAUGCACCAGUCGCCUCGAGAAACUCAAAGAAGAAAUUAUUAAAGUUUGUGGCGAACGCCGCCUCAUUGAUGGGAAGCUUUGGACGGAGAAGGUUCUUCAACUUUAUCAAAUUCAAAACAUUCACCAUGGUCUGAUGGUGGUGGUUCUGGCAAAUCAAUGGUUUGGCAACGCCUUGGAACGAGUUCAGGACUCUCUGUAUGGUACCUUGGAUCAAACCACUCGUGAAUGGACAGACAGGUUGUUCACUCAUAUACUUCGUAAGAUUAUUGAUAAUGUACGUGGCGAAAGCAGCAAGCGGCAUUGGAUUAUCUUUGAUGGUGAUGUGGAUCCCGAAUGGGUCGAGAACUUGAACAGUGUACUGGGCGACAAUCGUUUGCUUACUUUGCCAAACGGAGAGCGGCUUAGUCUACCUGGUAACGUUCGUAUUAUAUUCGAAGUUGAAAUGUUUAAAUAUGCAACUCUGGCGACGAUUUACGGCACAUUCUCGCGUGCUAUGUUGAAGGUUGUUCCAUCGCUACGUGCAUACGCUGAACCGCUCACAGCUGCUAUGGUUGAUUUAUAUCUUAUGUCACAGAAAAGGUUUACACCAGACAUACAAGCACACUACAUAUACUCACCUCCUUUGCGCUUGUUCCAAGAUCGUUUUGUUACCGAAGAACGCAAAUGGACUGAUGACAACAUCGAUUCUAUUGCCAUAAAGCACUUCCCCAGCCUCAAUCAAGACGAAGCAUUGGGUCGACCGAUUUUAUUCUCGAACUGGUUAUCGAAAUAUUACAUACCUGUUGAUUGUGAAGAACCGAGAGAUUACAUCAAAGCUCGUCUCAAGGUUUUCUAUGAGGAAGAAUUAGAUGUACAAUUCUCUUCUCGUAGACGUACCUGA